UUGAUCGAGGUUACACUCAAGGAUGAUUUAAGUCUUGUUGUAAACGAGAAUUGCAAGGAUGUUGUGGUAUCUGAAUGCGUUGGGACGUAUGAUCUCUCACGUCCAGCAUGUUUUGUUAGUAUAGAAAUCGGGUUCUGUGCAGUUACACCGGAAAAACUGAUCGUAAAGGGCCCAAUACGAACAGAGUCGCUAUCCAUACACGAUAUUCUAGAUGAGAUUCAUGCUCUAGCAAGGUUCUUCAGCGAAUUUGAGGAGAUCAAUUGCUUAUUGAUAGGCCAUUCGCCUGAAUUAAAACAAUCAGCCGGCUUAGAAUGCUUGGUCCUUUAUCGCCACAAGACGGUUGAGUCAAAUAAGCUAGCAAACAGCAACCCGAGUGCUACUCAGAAUACCAUUGUAGAUGAACCAUCGUUAUGCGCAGAUGAGUUUGAUACCAGGGCAGAGAAGAUCCUAGCUGCCAUAUUCAAUCUAUGUGCUAUGAAAAAAGUUUAA